CGGCAGCUGCAGGGAGCUCUGGGUAAGGAGUGCUGGGGCUGCUGCAUUAGCUGCUGCUGCUUUGGGAGCGAGUGAGAGGCAGCCGUGCUGAAUCACCGGCGCUGAUUAAUCCCUCCAGCCCGCUGCCUGCCCGCGGCCGCAGGAUUGCGAGAGGGCUGGAGUGCAUGCAGAGUUCAGGCUCCAGUCCGGCUGCGCACAAUGGAGGAUGAAAGAGACCCUCUGAUGUAGUUACUGCUGGUAACUAACGCAGCCCAGUUCUAUAGUCAGAUGCGCACACACAGCACUGCAUCAAACAGAGUUCCCAGUCACCUGAUGAAGCUGAAGAUAAGGAGAAGGACCAGCGCACGCAAGCGGCUCCUCUGUGACGUGGUGAUUGUUGCCGAAGCCAUUGAGAUGGAAGCCCAUCGCGUUGUCCUAGCAGCCUGCAGCCCCUAUUUUUGUGCAAUGUUUACAGGAGACAUGACUGAAAGUAAAGCAAAGAAGAUUGAAAUAAAAGACGUUGAUGGGCAAACACUGAGUAAGCUGAUUGAUUACAUCUACACAGCUGAAAUAGAGGUCACGGAAGAGAACGUGCAGGUUUUGUUGCCAGCUGCCAGCUUAUUGCAAUUAAUGGAUGUUAGACAAAACUGCUGUGAUUUUCUCCAGUCCCAGCUGCACCCCACAAAUUGCCUUGGAAUUCGAGCCUUUGCAGAUGUGCACACCUGCACUGAACUUCUGCAGCAGGCAAAUGCCUAUGCAGAGCAGCACUUUCCCGAGGUGAUGCUAGGGGAAGAAUUCCUUAGCCUUAGUCUGGACCAGGUUUGCAGUUUAAUAUCAAGUGACAAGCUCACUGUGUCUUCAGAAGAAAAGGUCUUUGAAGCUGUUAUAUCUUGGAUAAAUUAUGAGAAAGAGUCUCGCUUAGAACACAUGGCUAAACUGAUGGAGCAUGUUCGUCUGCCCCUUUUGCCCAGAGAUUAUCUUGUACAGACAGUUGAAGAAGAAGCUUUAAUCAAGAAUAACAACACGUGUAAAGACUUCCUUAUUGAGGCCAUGAAAUAUCACUUGCUUCCUCUGGAUCAAAGGCAAUUGAUAAAGAAUCCUAGAACAAAACCAAGGACUCCAGUUAGCCUGCCAAAGGUAAUGAUUGUGGUUGGUGGGCAAGCGCCCAAAGCCAUCCGGAGUGUGGAGUGUUACGAUUUUGAGGAGGAUCGGUGGGAGCAGAUAGCUGAGCUUCCCUCCCGGAGAUGCAGAGCAGGUGUGGUGUUUAUGGCAGGCAACGUUUAUGCAGUCGGGGGGUUUAACGGCUCUCUCAGAGUGCGAACUGUAGACGUGUAUGAUGGCGUGAAGGAUCAGUGGACGUCAAUUGCCAGCAUGCAGGAACGACGAAGCACUUUGGGGGCAGCUGUGCUGAAUGAACUCCUGUAUGCUGUGGGCGGAUUUGAUGGAAGCACUGGUCUGGCAUCAGUAGAGGCCUAUAGCUAUAAAACCAAUGAGUGGUUUUUUGUGGCUCCCAUGAACACAAGAAGAAGCAGUGUUGGAGUUGGAGUUGUGGAGGGUAAGCUGUAUGCUGUGGGGGGUUAUGAUGGAGCAUCACGUCAGUGCCUUAGUACCGUAGAACAGUAUAAUCCGGCUACAAAUGAAUGGACCUACGUUGCUGAUAUGAGCACUCGGCGCAGCGGUGCAGGCGUCGGUGUUCUGAGUGGACAGCUAUAUGCUACUGGAGGGCACGAUGGUCCCUUGGUGAGGAAGAGUGUGGAGGUUUAUGAUCCAGGAACAAAUACCUGGAAACAAGUUGCAGAUAUGAACAUGUGUAGAAGAAAUGCAGGUGUGUGUGCUGUGAAUGGGCUACUCUAUGUGGUUGGAGGAGAUGAUGGUUCUUGCAAUUUGGCCUCUGUAGAGUAUUAUAAUCCUGUCACUGAUAAAUGGACGUUACUGCCAACAAAUAUGAGCACUGGAAGAAGUUAUGCAGGUGUGGCUGUGAUUCAUAAACCAUUGUGACACCUACUCCAGCUAAUGCAAGGAGCAGCAGUGAAGUGAAUCUCCGUGGGUGUUCUCGAGGAGAGGCCUGACACCUGAUUUAAUCCAACUUAUUGCUGUUGAACUCCUAGCGUGGCAAGUGCUGCAUUAAGAACUUCCCCUUCCGUGGAUAGUGCAGCGACAUGCCAAUCCUAA